CCCAUUAAGCAGUCACUGUACAUGCAGGUUAGAUUAUAAUCCACCUCUUAAACUGAUCAUGGCUUUAUCUAAGGGACCACUAUCAAGAGCUGAGAAGAUACCAAGAGCACCUCCUGUACUACAAGACAGCAGCUGUAUAGCAGCUAUUGACUUUGGGACCUCAUCACUAUCAGUAGCAUAUACCACUCCAACAACAGGAGGAGAUGUAAAAGUUCUAGCACUUCACAGUACACUAGAAAGAAUCCCAAAUGCUAUACUAAUCCUGAAGGGUCUAGUGGGACAACAGCAUACAACAAUUGGGAUUGGAAAUCAAGCACAAAGUUUAUACAGCAGUAUGAGGAAAGAUGCUAAAAAAUUCAUAUACUUUGAACGAAUAAAAAAAUUAUUGGAAAAAGAUAAUUCGCUAGAUCGUACUACUGAAGUCCCUUCAUUCACUGGUGGUUCUUAUUAUCUCAUUGAAGUUAUAGCUUUUAUACUGACACACCUCAAGGAGAAGCUACUGACUCAUUUCAGAGGAGACUACAAGUCAAGUGAUUUUGAUUGGGUCAUUACUGUUCCUGCUAUAUGGAAAGCAAGAGCAAGAAGAAUGAUGAGAGAAGCUGCUUAUAUGGCUGGUCUCACUUCUGAUGCUCCUGGUAUAACAAGGUUCACUCCAGUUGGUUCCCCUUUACCGCGUCCAGAGGAGGUUAAUCCUCAGAAGCUAUCAUUAGCUCUAGAACCAGAAGUAGCUGCUAUAGCUGCACAGCAUCAGUCAGAAGUAUCAGGGUCCCCUCCACAGAGAUAUAUGGUAGUUGAUAUAGGAGGAGGUACAGUUGAUAUUACUGUACAUGAUAAGAGUAAUGGGAGAAUUAGUGUAGUAUUACCACCAAUGGGGAACACCUGGGGAGGUACUACUGUCAAUGAAGCAUUGUCAAUGUUACUACAAGAAAUAUUAAAAGAUCAAGGUUUUGAAUCGUUUUUAAAAUCUGAUCCAAUUAGUGCCAACGCAACACUAAAUAAGUUCUUUUACGAAGAAUUUGAGAAACACAAAAAAGUAUUUGGUGACACAAUAGUGGGUUUAAAUGAAGUAGUAAUAAGCUUACCAAGCAAAUUAGUACAAUUCUAUGGCAGUGAUAAGUUAAAUGAAACAAACCAGAUGAACAUGCAUUAUGAUCCAGGAGAUGGUUCAUUAACAAUAGGAUAUGAUCAGUUAGAAGAGAAGGUAUUCCAAUUCACAGUUGAUAAGAUCAUUGAGUGUGUGAGAGCAGCAUUUGAUGAGCUUAAGUCUGAUGGAAUCGAUACAGUUUAUCUAGUAGGAGGGUUUGGAGGAUGUAGGUUUGUUAGCCGAAAGAUAGAAGAAGCUAUUGCUCAGCAUCGUGGCAUUCUUUAUGAUAAGAUAGUGUGUCCUGUGCAACCAGAUCUUGCUGUUGUAUCAGGAGCAGUAAUGUGGAGGAAAGAUCCUAACAUAAUCCAAUCACGUGUUGCUGAUGCUACUUAUGGGACAAUUGUUGCUCCUGCAUUUGAUCCAUCAAUACAUGAUGAGCAUUACAAGUUUGUAGAUGAAGAUGGUAAACAACGUUGCAACAGUGUCUUUAAAGUUUUCGUACUCAAAGGAGAAGAAAUAAAGGAUGAAUUAUAUAAAGCUACAUUUAUGCCUCUUCAACAAAAAAAGACUCAACAAUCUAUCUUUAUAUACUGUACAGCAGAUGAUGGAGUUCAGUAUAUAGAAGAUAAAGAAGGUAAACUAACAGUAUGUGAGAUUGGUAAGCUAGCACUUGAUAUUCCUAAUCCUGAUAAUAUACCAAAUGAUGAGAGAAAAUUUGACGUAUUCAUGGAUUUCAGUGGUACAGAGAUACAAGCAAGAGCUCAGUAUCGUAUCACUGGAGAAGAAGUGAAAACAGUUUGUGACUUUCUAUCAAACCAAGACAAGACUAUACGAACUAAUAAUUAACGAAUAUGUACUUGCAAUAUAAUAAUAGUAACAAUUGCUGUGGCUUAGAAUACUAUUAGUAAUGGUAUUAGACUAUUAUGACAAUGCAAUGCAGUGACACAGUGACAAUGCAAGUACAGUUUCAUUGCAAGCUUUCUUUUUAGUGAAUGAAGCAUGCACAGAACAAAGAAGCUAUACAGCCUUAUACCAUGGGUGGUCACCAUGGAAACCUUUGAUGUUUAGCGGGAGUUACCUUAA